GCAGGCAUUUUGGGUAAUGACCUGAUUGGUCCUAUUGUUCUGCCCAACAGAUGGACAGGACAGGUGAAGGAUACCUGGACUUUUUAAAAAAUUGAUUAUUCGCACUACUAGAAGAUGUACCGUUGGAAAUAGGGAAUAACAUGUGGUACAUGCAAGACGGCGCACCUCCACACUCUACAAUUAGUGUACGUGAGCACCUAUCAACACACUUCCAGAACAGAUGGAUCGGAAGAGGAGCACCUAUACCAGGGCCUGCACGGUCCCCAGAUUUAAACCCAAUGGAUUUUCAUUUCUGGGGACACAUGAAAACUAUAACAUAUUCAACCCAUGUAAAUUCAAUAGAAGAAUUAGAACAGCGAAUCGAGUUUUCCGCGGUAAUCGUAAAAAAUGUUAUGACGAACUUCGAAAAAAUGCGACAAAGUCUACUUCUAAGAAUACAAUUAUGCUUAGAAGAGAAUGGUGGAUAUUUUGAACGUUUGCUGUGAAUGUGUUUCCUGUGAAUUGUGUUUUCUGUGGACACUGC